AUGGCCAAGGGAAGCACCAUAUUUCGUUAUUUCUGGGCUUUUGGUUGUAUAAACAAUGUGCUGUAUGUAGUUAUUUUAUCUGCUGCUGCAGACAUUGUUGGGCCUAACCUACCAAAGUCUUUGGUCCUCCUCGUGGAUAUCUUGCCUUCAUUUAUUGUAAAGUUGACCGCUCCGUUCUUCAUUCACCGCAUUCCAUAUCGGAGCCGUAUAGCAAUAUUGGUUGUCUUGAGCUGUGUGGGCAUGAUAUUAGUCUCCGGCAGGAAACUAGGGGUCUGUAUUGCAGGGAUAGUUUUGGCGUCUUUGUCUUCCGGACUGGGCGAAAUCACAUUUCUGCAACUAACUCACUACUACGAAGAGGCUAGCUUAAAUGGUUGGAGUUCUGGUACUGGUGGUGCGGGUCUCUUGGGGAGCGCAUCUUAUUUGCUGUUAACUUCGAUUCUCAAAAUCCCAAUCGGCCUCUCCUUAGCCUUAUUCAGUAUCUUGCCUUUGGGAUUUUUGCUCUUCUAUCGUUUGGAAAGAGUAGAAUCUCUAGACUACACAGAAUAUACUAAUAUUGAAUCACCUACAAUUGAGGAGGUCCAAUUUCAACCGGAUUUUGAGAGAGCUGAGGAGAAUUGGAAGCUGAUUUUCCAGCAUUUUCGGAAUACUUGCAACAAAUUGGCCUCUUUAGUAAAGCCGUAUAUGGUUCCCCUCUCUACGGUUUAUUUCUUCGAGUAUCUCAUUAACCAAGGUGUUUCUCCUACACUACUUUUUCCAUUGGAUGAUGAACACUCACAUCCGUUUUUCUUCCAUAAAUACAGAGACAUUUACGUUACUUAUGGAACUCUGUAUCAAUUGGGUGUGUUCAUUUCCAGAUCAAGCGGAAGCUUUGUGAGAAUCAGAAGAUUGUACUUAUUAUCAGUCUUGCAGGGUGUUAACCUCGCUUUGACAGUAACACAAUCGUGGUUUUAUGUUUCACAUUCGGUUUGGCCCAUUAUGUUGCUGAUAUUUUAUGAGGGGUUGCUGGGUGGUGCAUCAUACGUUAAUACCUUUAUGAACAUUAUUGAUGAGGUUAAUCCUUCAGAAAGGGAAUUUUCAUUGGGUGCUGUUUCAAUUUCAGAUUCUUUUGGGACCCUUUUGGCUGCAUUUGCCGGGAUAGCAUUGGAACCUAAACUAUGCGGACACCAAGUUGCCACAGGAAGGCCUUGGUGUGCAGUUGAGUGA